AUCACAAAAGAGAAAAAAAAAAAAAAAAAAAACUUUUAGGCUUAGCUUUAAAGGGCACACACACACAAUCGCGAGUUUCUCUCUGGUUCGCUCUUUGUGGCGGCUCGUCUUCUUCUUCUUCUUCCACGGGACUCUCUCUUGAUCGGUGAUUAUCGAUCUUUCUAGGGUUUCGAUCUGAAACCUUGCGAUCUACUUGAAAGAUAGAUUUAGAAAUUUCGAAGUAAUAAUAAUGUUUGCGCCUGCGACUCAACCGCAACAGCAGCAGCAGGAGAAGAAGCAAUCGGAGACCGUUUCAUCUGCUGAAGAAGAUGCUUUGAAGUGGAACACCGAUUGCGUUUACUUUCUCGCUUCUCCUUUAACCUGCAAGAAGGGACCUGAGUGUGAGUAUCGCCACAGUGAGUAUGCGCGUAUGAACCCAAGGGAUUGCUAUUAUUGGUUGAAUGGAAAUUGUAUGAAUCCAAAAUGUGGAUUUCGGCAUCCUCCUUUGGAGGGGUUGUUGGGAAAUCAAGGAGGUGCUCCUGCUGGUUCUGUACAGCCAACUCAUGCAACUGUGCAGCAUUCCGGUGUUGCAAAACAGCCGGUUCCAUGUGUGUUCUUUCAAAAAGGCAUGUGUAUGAAAGGAGAUAUGUGUUCAUUCUUGCACACACCGAAUCCUGCUGCUUAUAAAAAACUGCUUCCCGUAGAAGCUAAGCCUGCUGCUGAUCCUCAGUUUUCUAAAAAGCCAAUUGAAAAUAACACCGGGGAGAAGAAAUUUGCUGAUGCUAAUCUCUCAAAGGCGGUUAAAGCACAUGUUGACAUAUCGGCUGCGCCAAGAGUCACAUCUGCUGGCCUAAGGGAUAGUAGACGCGUAGAGGGAUAUGUUCCAGAACAUAUGGGAUAUGACCCUGUUGUACAGAAAAAGGGUACGGGAGUUCCUUCCUUUACUGAAGGAGGCCAUUCGACUCAGUUGCUUCAUAAAUAUGGAUCUGAUGAUAAUAACAGUUUCCACAAUGGUAAGGACGCAGAUGACGUUUUAAGAGAGUCGUCUCCUGGGUUUGAUGUUCUUGUGGAUAAUGAGGCUAGGGAUUCGGAGUAUUAUCGUGUUGAAGAUCGAUAUGGACGGAGAAGUCAGGAGGGAGGGAACUCUGUGAAUGAGUAUGACCCUGAUUUCAGUGCAAUAGCUGAUGAUGAAAAAGCAUUCCAUGAUCAGCGUUUUGAUCCAUAUGAUCAGAGGGAAGACAGGUAUGCAUGGGGCAACCGUCGAGUUUCUUCUGAGAGAGGAGAUCAUUCAGAAAGAAGGGUUUACGCAGAAGAUGAGAGAUCAGAGAACAUAUUGGCAUCAGAUCUGAGAUAUCGUUUGGCUAAGCAGAGGAAAGUCAAUGGUGUGAGAUCAGUUGGAAGCCAUGACUAUGGUGCUCCUGACUCUUCAGUGGAAAGAGGAUAUAGAGACUCUCGUAGGGAUACACUGAGGGAAAACUCCAUUAGCAGCAGCCGUCUACAGGGUAGAAUUAAGCUUCGUGAGAGAAGCAAUGGCGAUGAGGGUCACCACUUUGACAGGAGAAAUGAGAGGGGAAGGGACAGAAGCGAGUUAUCUUCUCAGGGUAGACUCCGAGAUAGAAUUAAAGGUAGAUUAGAGGAAAACCAUAGUGGUAAUCAGGAAAGAGGUUUCCGGGCUCCAUGGGCGAGAAGAAGAGAAAUGGAAGACGAAAGAAAACCAGCUCCUAAAAGCAUUGCAGAAACUAAAAGCACCAGAGAGGAAAGUAAGCCAGAGCUAUCUCUUGGGAAGAGGAAAAGCUUUGAAGAGGAUCAUCAUAGUCAUAAGCGAUCAGGAGAUUCAUUUGCAGCUCCUUUGCCUUUCAGUGAGAUUCUGAAGAGAAAAAGAGCGGCUGCAUCUGGUGGUAGCAGACACAACAACAAGGACGAGACGAUAACGAAAGAGGAAGCUGGAGAUGAGACCAAACUCAUAACAGAAGAGAAAACCGAGGUUGUCUCCGAACCCAAAGCUGAAGUAGAAGAAGAAGGAACGAUUAUGGAGGAAGAAGAUGUCGUUGGGGAGGAAGUGUAUGAAGGAAAUGAAGAUGAGCAAGCUUAUGAAGGCGAUGAGCUAAACGGAGAGUACUAUUACGAAGAAGGAUAUGAAGAAGAGGGAGGAGAAUACACUUACGAAGAAGGUGAAGAAGUAGUUUACGCGGCUGAGGAAGGAGAAGAAGAAGUGACAGAAGGAGGUGAAGCUGAGGGUGAAGAAGACAUUGAGAAGAAGACCGUUGAGAUGUUGUCAUAAAAGAAAAGAGAUAACACAGAAAAAGCUUUUGCUCCUUUCCUCUGAUCUCUCUGCUUAAUGCAAAUGGGAGAGAAGUCGUUGAGCAAAUAAUAUGCGAGUCGCUUUUUAUCUUUGGCUUGGCACUGAGUUUUAGUCGCCAUUUUUUCUUAUUAUGAUUUCUUAAAUUGUAACACUAGAGAAGAAGAAAGAAAAGAAACGAUGGUACAAGUACAACAUCAUAUUUCUGAUUUUUUCUGUUCUUCUACUCUGUUUUGAUAAAUGACUUUUUCCUUGAAUUAAAUGGUAUUUAAAGUAAA